GUGCAGUAUGUAAUCCAAGGCUAUCACAAGAGGAGAGAGUACAUCGCUGCUUUUCUUAGCCACUUUGGGAUGGGGGUGGUGGAGUACGAUGCUGAGGGAUUCACCAAGCUCACCCUUCUACUCAUGUGGAAGGACUUCUGCUUCCUAGUGCACGUGGAUCUCCCGCUGUACUUCCCCAGAGACCAGCCCACCCUCACCUUCCAGUCUGUGUACCACUUCACCAACAGCGGCCAGCUCUACUCUCAGGUGCAGAAGUCGUAUCCCUACAGCCCGCGCUGGGAUGGAAACGAGAUGGCCAAGAGGGCAAAGGCAUACUUCAAGAGCUUCAUCCCUCAGUUCCAAGAGGGAGCCUUUGCCAACGGGAAACUCUAGUACUCUCUAACUUAAUGACAUGCCUGGAGAGCUGCCUGUGGGAGUGCGUAUGUGAGUGUGUGUGUUUGUGUACCUGUACAUCUGUAUGCACAGACUUGUGAAAUGUACUGUACUCUAGCAGUACAGUGAGAAUGAUGGUGUGCUUAUUGCACAGACUCUGUGAAUCCAACACUUUUUUUUUUUUACCUUGAACUGGUUGCCUCUUGGUCAGUACCUCCACUUCUUAUUGUAGUCGUAGAGAGAAGCUGCUCUCCUGUAGAAGAUUAGUUUUCCAGGCCGGGCAACACACUGCAGCCAAAAAAAACGGCUGUAAUGAUGAUGACUAUUGCCAGCACAGUUUAAGGCCUUUAUUUUGAAGAAGAAACCUCCAAACUCUGACAGGACCUUGUGACAACCUAUACUGUACAAUUUGUGUUUUCCACCAAUCAGUAACUGGUGUUGUUUUGUUGUGUUGUGCCAAUGAUGCCUGGCUUCAAGCAGUUAAACCCCAGAAGUUUGGACUCACAACACUCCAUCCAGCGAUACUGUGAUGUGAACACACAUGGACAUCGCAAAGAGCUGUAGGGACGAAGCAAAUUAUCUUUGUUUACUGUUCGUUUGCCUUUGUCACUCACAUGAUUGUCACGUUUGGCUCCAUUAUCCUUGUUAAAAUGAUCUUUGACUUGCCUUUUAGUUGUUAAAUGCUGUGUGUUUAAUUUGUUUCAAGCCCUGUGAAUUAUUUUCCUGACAUGCUGACAGUACUGUAAGCUACUGACGAAUGUGUUUUGUCCAGUUUCUAUUCAGUAAAAAAAAUGUGUCUCCCCAGACA